AUGUGUAAUGUUCCGUAUCAGAAGGAUCAGUUAUGCCUCACGGUGCCUUGCCUGAAAGCCGCCGUCUCCAUGGUGGACUCCCGCAAUCCAAACGUGAACCCUUGCGAAGACUUCUAUGAGUACGCUUGCGGGGGCUGGGCGAAGGCAAAUCCUAUUCCAGAUGGCAAAUCAAUGUGGGGAACGUUCGGGAAACUGGAGCAGCAGAACCAAUUGGUUGUGAAGAACGUGUUAGAAAAGCCACAAACCGAAUUGGAAAGCGAAGCAGAGAGGAAGGCUCAGAUGUACUACAAAUCAUGCAUGGAUGUCAACGACACAAUCGAGACUUUGGGAGCAAAACCAAUGUUGGAUUUGUUGAAGAAAGUGGGAGGAUGGAAUAUAACAAAAGGAUUUAAUGUUGAGAAAUGGUCCCUGCAAGAAACGUUGCAAACUCUACAAAAUCGAUAUAACAUGGGAGGCUUAUUCACAUGGGCAGUAGGAGAAGACGACAGAAACUCUAGCAGACAUGUCAUUCAGAUUGAUCAAGGGGGUUUAACUCUUCCAACCCGUGAUAAUUAUUUGAAUAAAACUGGAAAUGCAAAGGUCCUUGCCGCUUACUUGGAAUACAUGACAAAGGUGGGUGUUCUUCUUGGAGGCGAAGAAAAAACCACUCGAGAUCAGAUGAAAGCGGUGAUAGAUUUUGAAACAGAGUUGGCAAAUAUUACUUCACCACCAGAAGAUCGACGAGAUGAGGAGAAGAUAUACCAUAAGAUGGCCCUUGGUGAAGUUCAAAAGAAAGCUCCAUUUCUUAAUUGGCAAAAAUACUUUUCUGAUGCCAUGCCUGAAGGUCGCAAAAUAAAUGACAGUGAAAUGGUAGUUGUUUAUGCACCAGAUUAUCUUGAAAGACUUACUAAAAUAAUUGAGGAGAAGAAUUCCACAAAAGAAGGCAAAAUUAUUUUGAAUAACUAUCUCAUUUGGCAAACUGUACGUAGUCUCACAGCCUGUCUCUCUAAAGCCUUCCGAGAUGCUUAUAGAGGUCUUCGCAAAGCCCUAAUUGGAUCAGAUGGAGGAGAAGAACCAUGGAGAUACUGCGUCACUGACACAAAUAAUGUGAUUGGUUUUGCAAUUGGUGCCAUGUUUGUCAGAGAAGUUUUUCAAGGGCAAUCCAAACUAAUGGCCGAAAAUAUGAUAAAUGAAGUGAGAAAUGCCUUCAAAAAGAACCUCAAAAACUUGAGUUGGAUGGACGAUGAAACUCGAAGAGCUGCUGAUGAGAAGGCUGAUGCAAUUACAGACAUGAUAGGUUUCCCUGACUACAUUCUGAAUCCUCAACAGCUGGAUGAGAAGUACAAGGAUCUCAAUAUUACUGAAAAUGAAUAUUUCCAGAACAACAUUAAUGUGAAUUUGUUCAAUCUGAAGAAGAACCUUGAGAAGUUGGAUCAACCUGUGAACAAAACUCGAUGGGGAAUGACUCCACCUACAGUUAAUGCAUAUUACACACCAACAAAGAACCAAAUAGUUUUCCCAGCUGGAAUAUUACAAGCUCCAUUUUAUGAUAUCAAUCACCCACACUCUUUGAACUAUGGUGGAAUGGGAGUAGUCAUGGGACAUGAACUGACCCAUGCAUUUGAUGAUCAAGGAAGAGAAUAUGAUCGAAUUGGAAAUCUCCAUCAAUGGUGGAACAAUCAAACUAUAUCGAAAUUCAAGGAAAGAACAGAUUGUGUCGUUAACCAGUAUUCAAAGUAUGAGAUUAACAGCAAACAUUUGAAUGGAAAACAAACCUUGGGGGAGAACAUAGCUGAUAAUGGUGGUCUCAAAGCAGCUUAUCAUGCUUACCUUGAUUGGGCAGCAAAUAACCUUGAAGACCCUCCUCUUCCUAUUCUCAACCUUACACACAGGCAACUAUUCUUUCUGAGCUUUGCCCAAGUAUGGUGUUCAUCUAGCACAGAAGAGGCCACUAAACUGCAGAUUGAUAAAGAUCCACAUUCUCCUCCCAAAUUCCGUGUCAUUGGUCCUUUAUCUAAUCUCCGUGAAUUUGCAGAGGAGUUCAAUUGUGCCCCAGGUACUAGGAUGAAUCCAAAGAAGAAGUGUGAAGUUUGGUGAAAAUUCCAAACCUCACAAAUGAAAGUUUCUUACAGAAACAAAUGAACUUAAGUAUAAAGUGCUUUCAAUGGAAGUAACUAAUUGUGAGAAAAGAAAAUUCUGUUUGUUUCUGUUCAAAUACAUAUAGUCACAGACUUCAUAAAUGUUUGUUCUUUUACCAAAUGAUCUAGGGACCUAUCAUAAAUACAUAUUUCAGCAAAUUUUAUUUUACAGACCAUAUAAAUUAACAUAUGUUUAUUUUAUUUGUAAAAUAAUUUAAGAUUGACUGAGUGCAUGGUAGCCUUACAUUUGAUGAGGCUAUUACCUUUCCUCAUUAUUUUCAUAGAUCUCCAAGAAGUGUACCUCACAAUCUUAUUACAAUAUCACAUAUAAAUAUUUUCAUGCAUUAAUGAAAGAUGAAAAGUGGUGAUAACAUUCUUUGAUAUUUUAGACAAUGUACUGAUCAACAAAGAAUUGUAACUACCAUAAUCUUCUAGUCAAUGAAUGUUCAGAUUCUGCAUCCUUUGGUGCUGUAUAUUACUCUUUGAAGACAUGUAUAAGAUUCAUUAAUUUUUGUGUGUUAAUAGAGCAUUAUAUUUCAUAUUUGUUAAUUAUUUUAAUGUCCAGAAAAUUGCUUGUAUUAAUUAUUUCUCCUAUCCAGUGCACAAUGUAUACACAAUAUUUGUUUAAUGUUGUCAUACCUAGAAUAUGUACCUCAUUCACAAAAAAAAAACAAAAACAGGUGAGCUGAGAACUAAUGAGGAUCUGUGCCUGAGGUUAAAACAAAGUCAAGAAAUGUGUGUUGUACAUUUUGUGUCUGUUGUUACCAUAUUUCAAAUGUAAAAGGAACACUUUUACCAUCAGAAAUGGGUUCACAUUCAGAUUUUACUGGCCUAUAUAUAUACUAUGUUCCAGCUAUGUUCUUCAAUAAACUUCUCUGAUGUGUAAUUGAGGUUAAGUAUUGAAGAUAUAAAGUGAUUCCUUAGGGAGUACAAUGGCCAUAUGGAGUCAUCCGUCCUUGUGAAGGAGUAAGCAGCUUCUUUGAGCAGAAUUUAGUUUUCUUUGAAAGAGACAUCUGAAAGGAUAACUUCAGAACCAAUAUUACAAUCAAAAUUCUUGAUGGCAAGUGUACAUAAUAAUUUUUUUCUCUUAUUACAGAUUAUAAAUCUGUUUUAAUGUAUUUUAUAUCUUCCUUCCAGUUUCCAUGUUGUCAUAUUUAACAAUUUAUACUUUCAAUUUUCCGUGUAUAAGUGACAACUGGAAUAUUUUAGUUAUUUUGAAUGAAGAUCUCAAGAUGUUGACUUUCUAGAACUAUGACUUGAUCAUGAUAUAGAGUGAAAAAGUAGACUUAAAUAACACUUAUCUUUUUUAAAUGAAGAUGUUAUUCUCUGUGAAAUUGUAUAUGUUAAUUAAGUUUAUAAUAUAUGCUUCCUUAUUUCCAUUUUAACCCAUUUCUGGCAGUGAAAAUGUAUGUUACUUUUCAGAUAUAUUACCAAAGAUUGAAUGUAAGAGUUGAACAAAACAAGACACAUAUAUAUAUAAUAAAAUAUUUAAAGAUUUUCAAUACUGGAGUGUUUAAAUAUUUCAAUAUUUGGAAGGCACUAGAUAAGUUUUCAGCCUAAACAAAUUUCCAAAUGUAGAGUGCUGUGACAAAUACAAACAUUCCUCUACAUUAUUAAUUCAAAGAUUGAAGUCAUUUGAUUCACAGAUCAUGGAAUAAUAGAGUGCUAAUUGUAGUGAUCUCUAAAUAGUCAUUGAACUGACUUUUCCCCCCCCUUCCCCUUUUUUUCUUUUUCUUUUGCUUACCCUGUAACUUGUGAAACAAUGUCCCAAGACCUUUUGUUGUUGAACAUGAGGAGUAAUUUUCCUUGAACGUGCUAAGUCAGUCUUAUGUCAAGUCAAAUCUGUUAUUGACUCUUAUCCCUAUCAAGUUGGAGUUCAACGCCAUUAGUAUCUGGGGUUCCGAGACAGUCUCCCAUCCGAGAAUCCACAGUGACCCAAGCUACUUAAUUUCUGUGACAUAACAAGGGUUGGUUAAGGAGUUUUGCUACUGGCGCAGGCAAGUUAGUCUGUACAAGAGUAAUAAUACACCAUGAUAGAACGUAAAAUACUAGCCUAAGCAGUUUAAAUGAGAUUGAUAAUCAAAGUUGAUCCUUACUGUGGUAGACCUGUUGACUUUGGAGGACUGAAGGAACAUUUUUUCAAAAACUUGUAGUCACAAUAGGAAUCUUAUCCUAAGUUCUAAUUGUGUUGAAGCUCAGGGGCCCUUUGUGAUGUGGGGUAAAUUUGGCAAGAAAGAAAUGUUUAAAUAUAAAAGUUCUUUAAAAUAAAGAUUUCAUUUAUGUUAACAUUUUUAUUCUAAUUGUUUUUAUUUGACUAAUUGAUAAAUAAAGCAGAAUUUAUUCAAUUACAAUAUUGUAAUUAUAUACCUUCAAUUUUGA